AUGGAGAUUGACGAGUCAGACAUGAAUAAAUCUUCUUCUUCACGUAGAUUGGACUUUACGAAUAUGGAAAAUGAUGAUCAACCAUAUAAUCAUCAUAUUUCUAUCGAAGAAAAACCUCAAAUUGGAAAGGAAUUUGACAAUGAAGAAGACGCUUAUCAGUUUUACUUAGCAUAUGCUAGGAAAACAGAUAAUGAGAAAUACGAAGUGUUUGAGUUUAUUUCUCAACACACUCAUCAGCUCACUAGUCCUCAGAAGACUCAUUUUUUCCUGUCGCAUAGGAGAAUAGACGAGGUCCAUGCUGCGCAAAUUGAAAUAGCCGAACAUGUGGGACUUGCUCCAAAACUCUCACAUAAUUUAAUGGUUAAGGAAGCCGGUAGUCGGGAUAACUUGGGAUUUGCAAGGCAAGACAUUAAAAAUUACUUGCGAUCGAAGAGGACAAAGUACAUGAAGGUGGGAGAUACUGGAGGGGUGUUAGAAUAUUUGCAAGGAAUGCAAAGUAGAGACUCAAAUUUCUCAUAUUCUAUUCAAGUGGAUGAAGAUGGUAUGAUUAAAAACAUAUUUUGGGCUGAUGGGAGAAUGCGAGCAGAUUAUAUUGAUUUUGGAGAUGUAGUUUCUUUCGACACUACGUAUAGAAAGAUUAGGGAAAAUUGUCCGUUGGCCUUGUUUGUUGGUGUUAAUCACCACAAACAAACAGUGGUUUUUGGCGCAGCACUUUUAUACGAUGAGACUAUUCCCUCAUUUCAGUGGUUAUUUGACGCAUUCGCCAGCACUAUGUAUGGAAGAAAACUGACUACCAUUUUGACAGAUCAAGAUCAAGCAAUGGCAAAUGCAUUGGCUUCGAGGUGGCCUGACACUCAUCAUAGAUGUAUUUGCGAUUUUGACGAAGAGGAUGAGUUUUUGCAUGAAUGGAAUAAAAUGUUGGUGCAGUAUAAUUUGAUGGAAAAUGCAUGGUAG